AAUGAACGCAAAGAGUAAGGACUGGUGAAUAUACCAACAAGAUUCAAUGUUUCCGGCUGAAGGAUAAACAGUGCACACUGUCAUCACUGGUUACUGGGUGGAGUACUGUUAUUAACUCUCUUGAAGAGAGCAAGAGAGUGAAGGCUCGGGCAGGGAGAGAGAGAGAGAGAGAGAGAAAGAAAGAAAGAGAGAGAGUGAGAGAGAGAGUGAGAGAGAGUGAGUGAGAGAGAGAGAGAGAGAGAGAGAGAGAGAGAGGAUAAAUAUAACACAAAAAGUACACACAGAGAGAGAGAGAGUGACUGGGAAGAAAUAGUUGAGACACAAAGAGAAGAAAGAGCCUCAGAUGAAGAAAUGGAAGAAAGAUCAAAGUUGGUGGGGUACUAAACUAGUUGAUGCUAUCAGAGAUGAAUGAGGCAGGUCUUCUUCCACUGGUCCAGGCAGGAGAUGGGAGGACUCUGUCCAGAAUUUCUCUCAUUGAUAAACACCUACAACUGCUUCCUCAAGGACCAGACUCAACUGCAUCUCAGUUACUUCCAGGGUGACGAUGGGGAAGUGGUCGUGGAAGGCUUCCUAAAUAUCUGCUGGGGAGUCCGAAGACCCAUACGGCUAAAGAUACAGGAUGAGAAACAAAUGAUUCGUUUUGCUCCCCUGAUCUCAUCUGACCCAGUCAGCCCACUUGGAAACAGAAGGGGCAUGUCACGAUGGGGUGAGUGUAACGACCUGCAUCAGAUAGAUGAGAUGGCUGGCACAGCACAUGAAACAGUGGUGAAAAAUCCUCCACCAGGGGCUGUUUAUGAGACCACAACACUGCGUCCUUUGAGGCAGAAAAGCUACGAGCUGGAGUCUGAGUCUAACCUGUUCCGCUGUAUGAGUGAUGCAUCCCUGGUCAAGAGGAGGAGUCGGCGAGGCAAGUCAGCGGCGCAAAGAGAGAGAGAGCGACAGCACCGCUUUUCAAUCAAUGGACACUUCUACAACUAUAAGACAUCUAUCUUCACUCCCUGCUUUGGCACAGCAACCAAAGUCCGCAUUACUAGCAGCAUGACCACAAACCAAGUUAUUGUACAGCUCCUAAACAAAUUCAAGAUAGAGAAUGACCCCCAGGAGUUUGCACUAUACUGUGUUCACCAGAGCGGUGAAAAAAAGAAGAUGAACAACAGAGACCAGCCGCUGUGGGAGCGCAUCCUGCAGGGGCCGUCUGAAGACACCAUGAAAAUAUUCUUGAUGGACAUGGAUGAAGUGGAAGUCAGCAAUGAUGUGGCCCAGUAUCUUAAUUUGGAGCUUCCCAUCUUGGAACAGGUUCUACUGAAUUUGAGAGAAGAGGAGACCAGAGAGAUACAAAUGGUUAUAAGCAAGUACCAGAACCAUCACAGAGUCCUGUCUCGUAUGUUGAGCUGCAAGGAUUCACCUCACAUUGAGACCAGUGUCUGACAAGACGGAACACACGGAGAACACCGUGUACAAAGUUGGAAAUACGACAAAAUAGAAAAAAGGGAAAUAAUACAACAUGGAAACAGCAAUAAUGGUGUUAUAUGUGGGUGGGGGGGGAGAGCGAGCGAGCUUGAGAGAGAGCACUGUCACCUUGUGUGUCUGGCAGCGAAGACGUCAUACAGACUUGCCAGACAACUUCCAACGAUGUGCCAUUUUAACACAUUUCUUUCUUUUUAGACACAAUGAGAAUACAUUUCCUCUGCACCAAGGAGUCACAUUUACCCACGAUGUCUUGAAAGGAACAAUGAUUACGUGAUUAUUUUGUUGUUUGCCACCGAUGAGUCAGUCCAUUUCUUAGAUGUAGAAGAUUUAGAAUUGUGUAUAUUUCUUUCUCUUCGCACUUAUUGUAACUUUAAUGUGUUGCAUGAAGUAAAGCAAAUUGCUGAACCCCAAAAGGAUGGACUCAUUCUACAUGAUUACAUUAACAUUCAAUUAAAUAAAGCACAAUUACCACAUACAAAAAAAAACGUGGUUUUAAGUUUAAAUUGGUCUCUUUUCCAGGCGGCACAGUAGUCGACAGGUUAGCCCAUCUGCCUCAGUUCUGAGGACGCGGGUUCAAAUCCGGCCUCGUUUGUGUGGAGUUUGCAUGUUCUCCCCGUGCCUGCGUGGGUUUUCUCCGGGUACCUCCCACAUCCCAAAAACAUGCAUGGUGGAUUAAUUGAAGACUCUAAAUUACCCGUAGGUAUGAAUGUGAGUGUGAAUGUUGUUUGUUUAUAUGUGCCCUGCGAUUGGCUGGCAAUCAGUUCAGGGUGUACCCCGCCUGUCGCCCGAAGUCAGCUGGGAUAGACUCCAGCACACCUGCGACCCUGGUGAGGACAAGCGGUACAGAAAAUGGAUGGAUGGAUGGAUGGUAUAUUUUCCAACAAAAUGAGCUACCGCAGCAAUUUCUAUAAAGGCAGGGAAGCGAUAUUUCCACAUACCUUUUGCUAUAACUAUAAUUGAAAAGGGUCAAACUGUCAUAAUUCAUUUCAUUCGAAAUAAUGCUAAAAUCUCAUCAGAACAGUCUGUCAGUAUGAGCUCAAGCUCAAAAAGCUUAUGUGGUUUGUUUCCAAAUAGAUUUGGAAAAAUCAUUGUUGUAUGUAAAAUGUAAUGUGCCAUUUUUUGCAUAAGAAAUAAAAGACGAGACAACUAAUCACA